AAACAGAUGGUAAACCUACUGGUGGCUGACAUGAUGGAAGUUCAUGGGAGGAUCCCGCCAACCUAUGUGCGAACAAAAUAUGCUCUUGGCAUCAUCACUCUGUUUCCCUGUCUCAGAGAUCCAUACUCAAAAAAUGGAUAUGAGCACUACUAUGACGCAGAGAGUGGAUCUGGCUACUUGGCCUGGAGGAUAAAGACAGUGCAGCGCAGCACUGCUGUUCAGUCCCGGAGAUGCUCCACCAGCGCUACCUAUCAAGAUGGUCCAAAGAGCAAGAGGGAUUUUCUCCUGACUUGCAAGCAACUGAUUGGUGAGGAAUGCUGUGAGGCAAUAUCCUUAAUGAAGCAUUCAGCUGAUGGAUCAGUUGUCAAAGAGAAGAUGAAGGCAACAUUUCAGUACCGGCAAGCACUGGUUCGAGACCAGCAAGGCUCCUCAACAGUCCUGGAUGUGUUCCCGCGUUUCCUCGAUACUCCUGGCUUGAUUGAUCAAGACUUCACUAUGAUGUUUGGAGAGGAGGCUUCUGGGCGAUUUUUGGCAAAAUGGCCCACUUUCUUCCAACCAAGGAUCUUGGCAGACUGCAAGAACCAGAAUUCUAAUGAGCAUGUUGAAGACCUCUUGUCUGCACAACAAAAUUCAAAUGAGUUGGGUUGGGACAGUGACCUGUCAAGCAUUCUGCUGUUGGUUCACCUACUUCCCCCAACCUCAAAAGGGCACAAGAAGAAUGCUAAAAUUAGCUCAUAUCAAGCUGUCAAUCAUGUUGUGAGAUAUCUGAGGAUUGGAACCAGUGUUGAGACCUUCCUUGCACGUUUGGAACCAGGACAGCCCUUCCUGCUGUGCGUUGGUGAACAGAAGAACAACAUUCAACGGUUCUAUGUCAUCGUUGACCACAAGGCCAUCCCUUGCAAGGCCCAGACAUCCCUGGCCGCCUUCGAUGAACUCUUCAAAGCACACUUCAUCUUCAGUGUUAACUACCAUGAAUCCCUCAACAGCUUCUACACGUUCAUCCAAACCACGGUGUUCAACAUAGACGUGGGAAGUGCCAAGGAAUGUCCCAGAGUCAAAGAGCUCAGAGCAAGGUUCCUGCACACUGACAUUUGAAGUGACACACGUCGUUUGAUUUAAAAAUGCUCAUUUGUUUUAUUUGUAAGGGACACCACAAAAGUUCUGCAUUGCUAUGUCAGCAUUUGAAAUUUCACCAUGGUUUGUAUCCGGGAAAGACAUUACGUUUGAAAUGUGGUGAGCCGGAAUGUUCCUUAUCAUUUUGCACUUAUUCAGGGUUAAAGAAACACCUCCUCCGUUUGCACAGGGACACUGGUUCAACAAAUACUAUGGACAAUGUGGACACUCAAAGAGAAAGGGAUGAGCCAUCAAGUUCUCAGGCAGUCUGUACUGACACUCCAGUAACCACCCAGGUUACUGUUGACAAGCAGCAUGUGUUAAACAUGUGUGGUUCUGUUGUAGCACAGUUACAAGCAUCAGGUGUUGCUGAGAGCACUGUCCAAGCAAUGGUAGGGUCCAUGGAAGAGCUUGUAAAUGAUAUUCAUAGACAAGCAAGAGAUUCUGUUCUCAAUUGCACUUCAGAGAUUCACGGCACGGAUUUAGGAAAAAAGAUGGAAAACAGUUUUGAUCAACUAGAAAAUCCCUUUACAUUCUUUAAUACAGGAGCCAAACGACAGAGGUUCUUUGAGGAAGAGUGGGAAAUUGUUGAACCUGUUGAAUACGUUCUUGGGGUCAGAUUUGAUGUACGCAGAGAUCGAACGACAGGAGUUUACAAUCAGAUACCUGUAACGGAUAAAUUUGUGUAUGUACCUUUAUUGGGAACCCUGAAGUCUAUGUUUAAGAACAGUGAACUUUGUGACAUUUUUCUGCAGGCAAAACAACAUGAAGAAGGUACUUAUAAAGAUAUAUGUGAUGGUUCAUACUUUAAAAGUAAUGAUUUGUUUUCCCGGCAAAAACAUGCUCUACAGAUUCAACUUUAUUAUGACGAUUUUGAGACAGCAAAUCCCUUAGGCUCAAAGAAGGGUAUACACAAACUUGGUUGUAUUUACUUUAUAUUGAGAAACCUCCCCCCAAAAUGUAAUUCCGUAUUGAUGAAUAUUCAUGUUGUGGCACUAUUUCAUUCACAAGACCUGAAAAAAUAUGGAUUUGAUGCAAUACUAAAGCCUCUCAUUGAUGAUGUUAAAAUCCUCGAAACUGAAGGAAUAGAGGUGCCUUUCUCUGACUCGCCAUUGCUAGGAUCUGUUGUUCAAGUAACAGGUGAUAAUCUAGGUUUACACGGGCUGUUUGGUUUUGUUGAGUCUUUCAGCGCAACAUAUUGUUGUAGAUUUUGUUUAACUACUAAGGAAGAUUUACAGUCUGUCUUCACAGAAGAUGACCCCAGCAUGGUUUUUCGUACAAAGGAGAUCCAUACAGAUCAUUGUGCAGCACUGCAGGAAAAUCCUAUCUUGGUUACAACAUUUGGUGUCAAGAAGACAUGCUUGCUCAACACGUUACGCUUUUUCCACACCUCUGAUAACUACGCGGUUGACAUCAUGCACGAUUUGCUUGAAGGUGUAGUGCAAUACGAACUGAAACUUGUCUUUCAGUACCUUGUCAAUAAGAAGUACCUAUCUCUGGAAACACUGUCACAGAGGAUCCAAAGUUUCAACUAUGGUUAUAUUGAGAGACGAAACAGGCCAAGUGGGUUGAAAAUGGAUGAGAGUAGCAAAGAUCUUGGAUUGAAUGCAAUUCAGUCAUGGUGUCUUUUGCGAAAUGCUCCCAUUAUUUUUGGUGAUGUAGUUGAAAGAAACAACAGUUAUUGGAAUUUGCUUGUCCUCUUGAUUCAGAUUGUGAAUAUAGUCUUUUCACCGAUGAUUACAAAUGGUAUGACAUAUUAUUUGAAGCAUUUAAUUAAUGAUCACCACAAGCUGUUCAGAUCUUUGUUUCCUGAGAGAAGACUUAUUCCAAAGCAUCACUUUAUGAUACAUUAUCCAAGGUGUAUUCGAAAAAUAGGUCCACUCCUCCACGUAUGGUGCAUGAGAUUUGAGGCCAAACAUAAUUUUUUCAAAAGAUCAGUUAAGAAUUUCAAAAAUAUCACAAAAACCUUGGUAAGACAACACCAGAGACAACUAGCUUAUCACUGGGAGAAUUUCCAUUUUCAGAGGUUUGAGUUUGGUCCAGUGCAGGAGGAAAUGAUUGACAGCUUGGAGGGUGGUGAGACUUUAAGUGCAGUGUUUAAUGUAAAUGCAUACUGUGACAUGUCAACUACUAACUGGGUGAAGAACUAUGGAACUGAGUAUCAAAUUGGAAUGUUUGUUUUGAUUAGAACGGAUACAGAAAUUCCUGUUUUUGGAAAGAUCGUCAAUAUCAUUAUAAAUGAAGAUCAAGCUUUGUUUUUGACUUGCAAAGUUGACACACUUUAUUUUGAUGACCACUUUAAUGCAUACUGUGUCGAGGAGAGAACUGAUUCAUUUUCUGUAAUUUCUUUGGAGGAUUUAAUCUAUUACAGACCCUAUGACAAACAGUUUUCUAAUGAGAUGGAUGAAAAAACAUACAUAGUGCCACAUUGCCAUAUUGUGUGAACUUUGCUUUUGAUGACUGUUAGGAAAAGAUGUAAAGCCAAUGCUGUGUUAUGUGGUGUGCUUACACAAAUACAGUUUCAUGUUAACUGCAAA